UAUAUUAUUAGACUUUGUAAUGGGUGCCUACUUAUCCCUGUUGUGUUGCUGUUUCGCAUACGCAUAUAUAUUAAUAUAAAAAUUGAUCGAUUAAAUCUCUUAUAUAGUCUUUGAAUUAAGCUGAAAUGAGUGGUUGGUGCAAUGAGAUUUAUUAAAUCUCAACUCCAAUAGAUAAAGUUAUAACUUAAUUAUUUUUAACUAUCAAGGUUCACGAUGAGUUCGGGUUUCAUCUCGGAAGCAGAACUGGAGGAACAACGCCGAGUGCGGCAGGAGCAGUGGGAUAAAGUUCGCAAGCCUGAAGAGCCCGAGGCGUGUCCCGAAGUUGAAUACGACCAUCGCUCACUGUUUGAACGCUUAGAAGAGCAGAAGAAUAAGCGAGAGAUGGAAUAUGAGGAGGCACACAAACUCAAGAACAUGAUCAAAGGACUGGACGACGACGAAGUGGAGUUCCUGGACCUGGUGGACAGGAGCAAGAUGGAGGAAGAACGCCGCAAGUCCGCGGAGGAGGCGCGCGAGAUCAACGAUUUCCGCAAUGCUGUGGCUACGUUGCAAGAGCGACAUCUCGAGGACAGAAUCAACUCUGAAAUCCGGACGAGACCAGCUCAGUCAACCAAUGGCAGUGGUCGCAGCUCCCAGGUUCGUCUGCUGGCGGGUGCUGUCCGCAAGAGACCUGUCGAGUCCUCCGUCGAGCAUUCGGGCGGGGGUUUGCAGAAGAAGACCAAGCUUUCGUCAGAAAUGAACGGAGUAGUGACCAAUGGGGAAGUACGAGCUGAGACGGAAACCACGGAAGCCGACACAACAACUGGAAAAGUUCAGCCGUCAGAAAGUGAUUCGAGGGGCGGGCGGCCCGCGGAGGAUGAUGACGGAGGCCUGCGCUGCAUCGGCAUCCUGCCGGGGCUGGGCGUGUACCCCGACACCAGCGACAGCGACCAGAGCUCCGACACGGACCAGGACCUGCCCGAGAGCACUGGGCUGGACCUGCUGGGCCGCAAGGCCGCGGAGCCCGCCCCGCCCCCCAAGUCCUCCAGCGGCUCCGGUAGAUUCUGCUUGCUCUUCUCCGUGAAGACAUCUGGCGGCCAGAGAGUGACUCAUUGUACUUUCUGCAUUUGUGCCCUUUCCAGAAUGAAAGAUGCACACAGAAUUCAAGUGUAUUUAAUGGAUGGACAUUAAACUUCUUAAUCUACUUCAUA